UCAGCUCUUCCCCAACCUUUUCCUUCUCCCCCAUAGGGAGCGCGGCGCGGGAGGGCCUGUGCUCCUGCUUGCUUUCGUGGUGUUGCUGCUGCUUUUCCUCUUUGUUAAAAGGCUGCUCCCUCCGUCUCCUGUCAUCUCCCCUUUCUCUCUUCUCAAUUCUCAUCGCGCUGGCUUCGCUUGGCUGCUAAGGUCAAAUAGCCAUCCAUCUGUCCAUACGCCUCUUUCCCUUUCUCUUUCCUCUUUAACCCCCCUACGAGGCUCCGGUCUCAGGGCGCUUCGCAUGGCCAUGGCCUCCGCGGUGGCUCCGGCUCCUCCCCUUGCCAGCGACGACCAAACCGGGCAAAAGCGCCGCCAAAUCUGCAUCUGACCUCCCCACCACCAAAUACCCAACCAGCACCACCCACCGCCUUCUGCUUUCUUUCUUUCUCGCUCCUUACAGCAACACAUAGCGCUCAGCUCACACCUCACAGUCAGCUCAGGCUCAUCUUCUCAGCGAGUUAGCAGCAGCAGCUUGAGGCCCAGCCGCGGCUGCCUGCGCGCAAGCAUAAUGGAGAGCAGAUGGCGGAAGGCCAAGAUGUCGCUAGGGCUCAACCUCUGCGUCUACGUGCCCCGGACGCUGGAAGGCGACGACGCGGCCAGCUCGCCCGACACCGCCUCCUCCACGGCGGCGCUCGUGUCGCCGGUGGCCUCCUCCUCGUCCGCCGCGACGAGCACCAACACCACCCCCACGGCCGCUUCGGCGGACCAGAGCAGCGCCAGCGGCAAGGUGCUCAUGCCCACCACCCCGACGCCGACGUCCGCCGGGCUCCGCCUCUCCAAAUCCGGCAGCAAAUCAUUCAAGAAAACAUGUGCCAUAUGCUUGACCACAAUGAAGCCUGGUCAGGGCCAUGCUCUCUUCACAGCAGAGUGCUCACACACUUUCCACUUCCAUUGUAUUUCGGCAAAUGUUAAGCACGGAAGCAGCAGCUGCCCAGUGUGUCGUAUCAAAUGGAAGGAGCUCCCAUUUCGAGGUCCCUUGCCUGCUGAAUUACCUCAAGGAAAUGCGAGGAUUAAUCCAGUUAAUGGGUACCAAAAUGGAGGCCAUAUGAACAUAUUGCGUCCACUUCCUCGUGCACGCUCUUCUGGCCGGCUUCAUCAUCUGGCCACGUUGCUGCCUGACACUGACCCUAGUACUUUCAACGAUGAUGAACCCUUGGACUUGUCGUCUGAAGAGGCUAAUGACAAUCAUCAGGGCUGUUUGAGAACAGUAGAGAUAAAAACAUAUCCAGAGUUCACUGAAGUACCUGAAAAUACAUCAGAAAGAAACUUCACUGUUCUGAUUCACCUUAAGGCACCGGUUGCUCAGCACCUGCAGCCAUCCAGCAAUCUCGGAGAUGGCAACGGGCUAAGUACAGCCCGUGCCCCUGUUGAUCUCAUCACAGUUCUUGAUGUCAGUGGAAGUAUGGCUGGUACCAAACUUGCAUUGUUGAAGAGGGCUAUGGGAUUUGUCAUUCAGAAUCUUGGAUCCUCUGACCGGCUUUCCGUCAUCGCCUUCUCAUCAUCCGCACGUAGGCUCUUCCCACUCCGUAGGAUGACUGAGUCUGGUCGGCAGCAGAGCUUGCUGGCUGUUAAUUCACUGACGUCAAAUGGAGGGACCAAUAUUGCAGAGGCCCUCAGGAAGGGCUCCAAGGUGAUCGAAGAGCGACAGGCCAAGAAUCCAGUCUGCAGCAUCAUCCUCUUGUCAGAUGGUCAAGAUACCUACACGGUCUCACCAACUGCUGGCGUACACAAAGGAGCACCAGAGUAUUGUGCGCUCUUGCCGUCCACUAACGGUAACCAGCAGGUACCUGUUCAUGUCUUUGGAUUCGGUGCUGACCAUGACUCCGUCUCGCUGCACUCCAUCUCACAAACUUCUGGUGGCACCUUCUCAUUCAUCGAGACAGAGGCCGCUAUCCAAGAUGCAUUUGCUCAGUGCAUUGGUGGACUUUUGAGUGUGGUUGCACAAGGUCUGCAUGUAAAGGUGGAGAGCCUCCACCCCGACGUGCACUUUGGCUCCAUCAGAUCAGGCAGCUAUUCUAGCAGGGUUUCAGAUGAUAAGAGGAAUGGGUCCAUAGAUGUUGGGGACCUGUAUGCUGAAGAAGAAAGGGAUUUUCUUGUGUCUGUAAACGUCCCACCAGGCUACGGGGAAACAGCACUCCUCAAGGUUGGCUGCGUCUACAAAGACCCACUGAUGAAGGAGACCGUGAAUAUGGCUGAUGUGCAAGUGAAGAUCUCCAGGCCAGCAUUCGUCUCGGUACAAAGCGUGUCGAUCGAGGUGGACCGCCAGAAGAACCGCCUCCAUGCAGCCGAGGUGAUGGCUGAAGCAAGGUUUUCUGCAGAGCGCGGUGACCUGACCACCGCUGUUUCUCUACUCGAGGACUGCCGGAGGAUGAUCAUGGGGUCGGCGUCAGGACAGUCUGGUGACCGUCUGUGCCAGGCACUGGAUGCCGAGCUGAAGGAGAUGCAGGAUCGGAUGGCCAACCGGCAGAGGUACGAGGCGUCCGGUCGAGCAUAUGUGCUCUCAGGCUUGAGCUCGCACUCAUGGCAGAGGGCAACCGCCCGCGGGGACUCGACGGACAGCGAGAGCCUGAUCCAAGCCUACCAGACUUCGUCCAUGGUGGACAUGCUGCUUCGCUCGCAGACAAUGAGCCGCUCAUCGACUCCUCGACCAACGCCACAGAUGAGGCACGCUAAGUCAUUCCCGGCACGCCCGCAGCCAAGGUAACUGCUAUUUGGUGUCACCAAGGAUUUGCCUGAAGCCUAAUUUGCUUGCCGAUGGGCGUAGUAGCGCCCUCUAAAUUCUUAGUUUUGUGGCGGGAGGACGGGACCAGGGUAUAGUUUGUGUGGGUACAAGGGGAUGUAAUGGUGUAAAUUUGAUCUGGGGUGGUGGAGGUAAAUGGUGAGAGGGGUAAGGUAUUUUAUAAUUGAGGGGGUCGGGGAUGGUAUACGUCCUGGGGAGAAUUGGGCAGGAGGGUGGUGAACUGGUAUACUCUAGUAUUGUACUAGCUCCUUCGUGUGGUGAUGUACAUAAGGGAAGGGUAUACAUUUGUGGACUCUUUGAGGAGGGAUGGAUACCUAAUCCUGAUCCCGAUCCUUGCAAUGUUUGUUUCCUCAGCCUGGAAAAGGACUAAGGUUUGUUGCCUCUUUCUGGAAAUGGAAUUGAUGAUGAUCCUGGGU